CAUGUUAGGUUGCUAAGUUAGCUAGUAAGCUAGCUUUGCUAAGCUCAACAAAUGAUGCGGCUAGUGGAGAACCCCGGUUUGUUACGUGCCUGCACGACCGCCUAACACUACCAUGGCUUUGAAGAGAUGAACCGACUAUGUCGGGAAUUUUAAAGACAGCCCCGGAGUCAGACGACAGGAAAACGCCACCUUGCAAUGGCAGCUGGUGUCAGCGUACUCAGUGACCUUCCUUACUCCAUGACUGGAGCCCACAGUGGAGAGAUCAGCACAGAGAUGGAGACAGCCAAUGCGAGGGUCCCCACAGCAAAGUACACCAAGAUGGGGGAGACCCUGAGGCAUGUCAUCCCCGGUCACAUGCAGUGCUCCAUGGCCUGUGGAGGGAAAGCCUGUAAAUAUGAAAAUCCCUCUCGUUGGAGUAAUGAGGAGCAAGCUAUCAAAGGACUCUACUCAUCCUGGAUUACAGACAGCUUGCUAGCUAUGGCGAGGCCUUCAACUGAAAUCAUAGAGAGAUAUAAUAUAAUUGAACAGUUUCAAAGGUGUGGUUUGAAGACGGUCAUUAACCUGCAGCGGCCCGGAGAACAUGCCAGCUGUGGUAACGCACUGGAGCAGGAGAGUGGUUUCACUUAUCGACCUGAAACGUUCAUGGAGGCAGGCAUCUAUUACUACAACUUUGGCUGGAAGGACUAUGGCGUGGCAUCUCUUACUACAAUCCUUGACAUGGUGAAAGUCAUGUCAUUUGCUGUCCAAGAAGGGAAAAUGGCCGUCCACUGCCAUGCUGGUCUUGGAAGAACAGGUGUGUUGUUGGCCUGCUACUUGGUCUUCACAUCCCGCAUGAGUGCUGACCAAGCCAUCCUGUUUGUGCGAGCCAAGAGACCCAACUCCAUCCAGACCAGAGGCCAACUGCUGUGUGUCAGGGAGUUUGCCCAGUUCCUGGUUCCUCUACGAAGCGUCUUCUCCUGUGCAGAACCCAAAGCGUGCGCCGUCACCUUGUCCCAGUACCUCACCAGGCAGCGCCACCUGCUGCACGGCUACGAGGCUCGGCAGAUGAAGAAUGUGCCAAAAAUUGUCCAGCUGGUGUGCAGGCUCCUCAUUGACAUCGCAGCCAACAGACAAGUGGUGAUCGAGGAGGAGUGGCUGGAGAUCCCCGACCUCACAGCAGAGGUGGAAAAGACUGUGUCUCAGCAGGCCCUUCAGCAGCUGGGGAAGGAGAUGAGAGGGAAGGGGAUUCCUGUCCCACUUUGUUUAUCUAAUCCUCUCAGCCCACCAGCUCUGCAGGCCAGACCCUCACAUGAUCAGCCUCUCGCCAGUGAUAAUGACCUCGACCCUCUGUGGAGGCAGCAGAAUGUCGAGAGCCCUCUAAGAUCUAAUCUGUAUAACAACAGGAGCCUCAGUGAUUCUGUCCUUCACAAACUCAAACCACAGCAGCACCAUUUAGAAAAACUGAAUAGCAAGAAACAAAUCAGCUGCCUGAUCAAACGUUCCCUGUCUCACAGCAGCCUCUCAGGCUCUAAACCCUCCAGAUGUUGUGAACUCUCUCCUCAGGACAUCAGCAUCAUUCAGGACGCAAAUACAGAGGCAGAGCAAGACACUGGGUCUCCUUUUUUAAAAAAGCAGCUACGUAAGGGUCAUCAGAGUUUGUCUUUAGAUCUUUCAGAGCUGGAAAGAAAAUCCCACUGUAAUGCCACACUGCCAGCCUUAUCAACCAAGAGCAGAUGGGUAACCAGUGAGGAGCAGUCAGAUGUGGAUGUGUCAGUGGGUGGAGCAGAGAGAGAGAACGUCACAGAGGUUCCCUUCAUCAGCCUCCAGUCUGAGCUCUCUCCAGAGAACAGACGCCUGCUGGUGGCCAAAGUUCUGGCCAUGGACCUGACGGACAAAGACCUCACCUACAAGGUGUCAGUGUGGCAGACAGAGCUGAACUCCAGAGAGGGGGCGUGGGAGAGGCUGUGUAUGGAGAGAGAUCCUCUGGUCCUCUCCGGUCUGAUGUGGUCGUGGCUGGAGCAGCUCAAGGACCCAGUCAUCAGCAGUGAGGACAUAAAAGCUCUGAGUGGGAAGAAUGUAAAUCCAGAGAACACCCUCGACUCACUGGAAAAGGGUCACCGGCUCACUUUGCUCUGUAUCCUCGACUGUGCUGCUCAUCUCCUGCCAAUGCCUGAAGAAGUGAAGACUAGUUUUCUCAACCAAACAAUAAAAGUGUUUACUAAGAUUGAUCCUGCUUCAGAGAAGAAUGAGUCAUUAUACAUGACACUAAAAGCAAUCCUGACUCCCAUUCUUCAUGAGCUGCGUGACAAAGCUGUGGACGUGAAUGAAGAGUCCUGAUCCAGCCUCAACAUGAUAAGUGUGACAAGAGGAAGAAUUACACACAGGGUUCCACUCUAACUUUUGGGCAUUACUGUGUUUUAAGCCGGUUCCUUGCAUCAGAUUCUGCUGAGAUCUGCCAAUCUUUUGUCUCUCAAGAUUGAAGAUUUGUCAUAUGAAGUUUAGGAUUUUGUUGUUGUUGUUUGAAGCGCUUAAUAGACUCUAAGCACUGCCAUUCUCUGUGUUAAUGUGCCACUGUGCUCAGUUUGAAAGCAUUUGUUCGUCAUCUGUUCUACUGUAAUAUUUGUGAGGGACUUGAUGUUGCUUUUAUUAUGUACCUGUUAGUGGGUAGGAAAUGACUGAGAAACAUUCUCAUGAUGUUAAUGUUAUGUUAUUUAAAUGUGUUACGCAGCUGUCAAAGCUGUUGGGGUUGGGGGGGGUCUUAUUUAAACCAAAAGAUGUUUUACACUGUGCAGAUGCUACAAUGUGUCUUAUUUAUUCCGAUCUUUUUAUUUGAAAUGCAGAAAUGAGUUUAACAACCAUAACCUGACGACAAGUCGCAAGGUUGCUUUGUUCCUGUAGAAUGUAAGCUGUUCUCUUAGACCCAAAUGCAAACUGUGGCUAUUGUUAUGGCAAUGCAAACUCAACAGACCACACUGCAUUUGUUUUCCCAAUCAAUUUUUAUGUCCUUAAUACUGUGUGCACCAAAAACUCACUGUACUGUUCUUUACAUGCAUUUGUAAAACAUCAAUCUGCCUCUACGCUACUCUUUAGCUAAAUGCUGCCUCAACUGAAAUGAUCUCUGUCUGGACUAGGCUGCUUUUUGUGUGUGUG